AUGUCAGAUCGCGAAUUCAGUUCAAAUGAUGACCUGUCGCUUCCUAAAGCCACGGUCCAAAAGAUAAUCACCGAAAUCCUACCACCGUCGUCCGGCCAAACCUUCUCCAAAGAUGCUCGAGACCUACUUAUGGAAUGCUGCGUUGAAUUUAUCACGUUAAUCUCCUCCGAAGCGAACGAUAUUAGCGAGAAGGAGGCAAAGAAAACAAUCGCCUGUGAACAUGUAGAGCGGGCUCUGCGAGACCUCGGCUUCGGUGACUAUAUUCAGGAUGUUCUUGCAGUCGCAGAGGAGCACAAAGAGCAAUUAAAAUCACGAGAAAAGAAACAGAGCAAGAUGGAGCAGAGCGGACUAUCCGAAGAAGAGCUUCUACGACAGCAGCAGGAACUGUUUCGCUCCGCAACCGAAAAGUACCAUGCUGCUCCCGAAUGA